GACAUCAUCGUUGUGGUUUGUUACUUCGCCUUUGUCCUCACCAUUGGCAUAUGGUCAUCGAUACGAGCAAGCCGGAGCACCAUUGGAGGCUAUUUCCUAGCUGGACGAUCCAUGACUUGGUGGCCUAUUGGAGCAUCCCUGAUGUCAAGCAAUGUGGGCAGUGGAUUAUUCAUCGGCCUGGCAGGCACUGGAGCAGCUGGGGGCCUUGCUGUUGGGGGCUUCGAGUGGAAUGCUACCUGGGCACUUGUGGCUCUUGGCUGGAUAUUUGUGCCUGUUUACAUUGCAUCAGGAGUGGUCACCAUGCCCGAGUACCUGCAGAAGAGAUUUGGAGGGCAGAGGAUACAAAUUUACAUGUCCAUGCUGUCCCUCACUCUCUAUAUAUUCACCAGGAUAUCGACAGACAUUUUUUCCGGAGCACUGUUCAUCCAAAUGUCUUUGGGCUGGAACCUCUACUUGUCCACUGUGCUCCUGCUAGCAGUGACUGCUGUCUACACCAUAGCUGGUGGUUUAACAGCAGUGAUAUACACAGAUGUGCUGCAGACCCUGAUCAUGGUUCUGGGAGCUUUGACCCUCAUGUUCAUAGGAUUUGAAAAAGUUGGCUGGUAUGAAGGACUUCAGGAGAAAUACAGCACAGCAACACCGAAGAUCAUAGUCCCAAACACGACCUGUCACCUCCCGCGUGCAGAUGCCUUUAAUUUGUUUAGGGAUCCACUCACAGGAGACCUUCCUUGGCCUGGUCUUAUAUUUGGUCUCUCUGUGCUGGGUCUUUGGACGUGGUGCACUGACCAGGUGAUAGUCCAGAGGUCUCUCUCUGCCAAAAAUCUCUCCCAUGCGAAAGGUGGAUCGGUGCUGGGAGGAUAUCUGAAAAUGCUCCCUAUGUUUUUCAUUGUCAUGCCAGGAAUGAUCAGCAGAGCUCUUUACCCAGAUGAAGUGGGCUGUGUGGACCCAGACAUCUGUAAAAGGGUCUGUGGAGCUGCGGUGGGCUGUUCCAACAUUGCCUACCCCAAACUUGUGAUAGAACUCAUGCCUGAUGGGUUCCGGGGUUUGAUGAUUGCUGUGAUGAUGGCAGCCUUGAUGAGUUCCCUCACCUCCAUUUUCAACAGCAGCAGCACUCUCUUCGUUAUCGACAUCUGGCAGCGGAUCCGCAGAAAGGCUUCAGAGCAGGAGAUGAUGAUUGUGGGCAGAGUCUUUAUCCUCAUCCUGAUAGCCAUCAGUAUUCUCUGGAUCCCAAUCAUUCAAUCAGCCAACAGCGGCCAGCUCUUUGACUACAUUCAGUCCAUAACCAGCUAUCUAGCCCCACCGAUCACAGCUCUCUUCAUCCUGUCAAUCUUCUGCAAGAGGAUUAAUGAGCCUGGUGCUUUCUGGGGCCUCAUGGUCGGGCUAGCUGUUGGUCUUGUUCGGAUGAUCGCCGAGUUUAUUUAUAGCAUACCGUCUUGUGGUGAGGAGGACAGAAGACCAGCUGUGCUAAAGGACAUGCACUACCUCUACUUUGCCUUCAUCCUCUGUGUCCUCACUGCGAUUGUCAUUGUCCUUGUUAGUCUCUGCACCCCACCGAUCCCUGAGGAAAAGCUCGCUUGCCUGACGUGGUGGACAAGGCACAGGAAAGCACCUGCCAUUGACCUGAAGGAUUACAAGAGUGGAGCAGCACAGACCAACCCAGCCAGUGGAGAGAGUGACUUGGUGGAAAGCAACCGUCCCUGCUGGAAGAUGCUGUACUUGUGGUUCUGCGGUCUGCCCACUGGCCCCAAGCCCACCCUGUCCCAGGAGGAGAGAGCUGCUCUGGAGCAGAAACUCACCAGCAUCGAGGAAAAGCACCCGUGGAAGACUGUUUGCAAUAUUAAUGCUAUUCUCCUGCUGACCAUUAAUGUCUUCCUGUGGGCAUACUUCGGCUGA